ACUAUCAGCUAGUGAUUUCAGUAUAUGCAGGUCCUGUCUUCUGACUAGCUAUAAAUACAGGCACAGAUGUGUGGAUCAGUAGCAGCAGCAGCAGCAUCAUCACAUUGCAGCUAGCUAGCGAUCAGAAGCAGAUCGAGAGAAGUAGAGACAAAGUAGAGAGAAGCUAAGGAGAGGGAGAUCGAAGAUGGUGGCUGCAGGCAGGAGCAGGGAGGAGCGGUGGAGCCUCGCCGGCGCGACGGCGCUCGUCACCGGCGGCAGCAAGGGCAUCGGGCAUGCGAUCGUGGAGGAGCUGGCCGGCUUCGGGGCGCGGGUGCACACGUGCUCUCGCAACGCGGCGGAGCUGGAGGCGUGCCGCCGGCGGUGGGAGGAGAAGGGGCUCGCCGUCACCGUCUCCAUCUGCGACGUCUCGGUGCCCGCGGAGCGCGAGAGCCUCGUGGCCACCGUCGAGGCCACCUUCGGUGGCAAGCUCGACAUCCUCGUGAACAACGCGGGACAGUCGCUGUUCAAGACAGCCGUGGAGUGCACCGGCGAGGACUCCGCGCGGGUCAUGGCGACCAACCUCGAGUCCUGCUUCCACCUCAGCCAGCUGGCGCACCCGCUCCUCCUCCUCGCCGGCGGCGGCGGCAGCGUGGUCCACAUCUCCUCCAUCGCCGGCUUCAUCGGGCUCCCGGCGCUCGCCGUCUACUCCAUGACCAAGGGCGCCAUGAACCAGCUCACCAGGAGCCUCGCCGCCGAGUGGGCCCGCGACGGCAUCCGCGUCAACUGCGUCGCGCCUGGCGGCGUCAGGACUGACAUCAGCAGUGAUAAGACGAUCGACCCGGAGCUGGUGAAGAAGGAGAUGGCGCGGCUUCCGAUGGGGAGGAUCGCCGAGCCGGAGGAGGUGGCGUCCAUGGUGGCCUUCCUAUGCAUGCCGGCGGCGUCCUACAUGACCGGCCAGGUCAUCUACGUCGACGGCGGUCGCACCAUAACUUAGCGGGCAAAUACGUACUGCACGUACGCAAGAAGGCAGCCAUCGAUGAUGUUCAUGUGUGUGCCUACUGAAGCCGGCUGUGCAUAUAAAUGUCAUGCACUCGCGUGCAUUGUGUGUUUAUAGGAUUUGAAUUGCAAAUACAUCCAUGAUAUCGAUCGUGUAAUCUUUCUUUUUUCUAUCUACUUUGAAUGUGUAUCUACUAUGUAUUCUCCAAAAGGACAGGGGCGGAUCUAUGUAUAUCUGCUAUUUAUCCUCCAAAAAGACAGGACCCA